AGAAUAUCACUAUCUGCAUCCUACUAAAAGUUCAUUUAAAGGGGAACAACUCUUGACUUCAUUUUGGCUGAUUAUGUCUAUUUGUCCCUGUAGGUUUCAACGAUGGACAAGGUGCAGAGAAAACCAUCGCUUCUGACGCUGUACUCCGUCCUGAAGGACUUCAGGGGGGAACAUACGGACUUUGAGGCCCUCGCCUCUUAUUACGAACAUCACUACCGGGUCGAAUUCGGCGAGAACAUCGUCCUAAAGCACUUCCUUCUUACAUGCGAAGUGGACCCGAGGAUGAGGGCCAAGGAGAACAUUAUCCUGUACUGGAAAAUGCUCAACUCACUGGAAGUGAUCAAGAGGGAAUAUGCCGCCCUCAGGAAGUCUGCCAAGCUGCCUCCUGAUCAUCCAACUCGAGUCCAAAACCGGAGGCAGCAACUUGAGUAUCUGCGGCUGGAGAAUACCAUCAACCAACAUCUUAACCAGCUGCACAACGAGUUUGUGAGAGAGCAGAAGCUACAGGAAGCUGCUGGUAAGAAACAAAGUCCUGCAGCUGAAGAAGAGGAGGAGGAUGGAGCCCCUGCAGCAGCAGCAGAAGAGGAAGCCCUUGCCUCAGAAGAGAACGAAGAGGAAGCAGAAGGAGCUCCAGCAGAAGACCAUCAAGCCCCUGCAGUGGAGGAGAAGAUGAUGGAGGAGCAAGCUCCUGCAGAGGAAGACAAGGAAGAAGACGCUCCUGGAGCAGAAGAAGAGGAAGCUCCAACAAAUGAAGCAGAAAAAGAAGAGGAAAGCGCUCCCGCUGAAGAACAGCAAGUUCCUGAAGAGGAGGAGAAAGAAGAGGGAGCGGAAGAAGGAGGUUCUGCAGAAGAACAUCAAGCCCUUGCAGUGGAGGAGAAGAAGACGGAGGAGCAAUCUCCUGCAGUGGAAGAAGAACCGGUAGGACCUCCUGAAGCAAAUGAAGAGCAAACUCCUGCAGCGGAGGAGAAAGAAGAGGGAGCGGAUGGAAAAGAAGAAGCUUCUGAGGUGGAAGAGAUCAUCAAAGAUCCUCCGGUGGUGGAGAGGCCAACCCUGCGAAAACAGCUUAGGAAGGCCAUCAUGAAGAGGCUCCGGAGAGUAUGGCAUUUCACUCAAAGACUCACCUGCUGCUGCCGACCCAACACCAUGGCCUAAAUCCUUCCGGUUCUACCUCUCCCAAGGGCGUAUGUCUGUGUGUCUGUCUGUCUGUGUGUUUGUGGGUUAUGUACAGAAGGGAGUGUGGGAGUUAUAUACAAGAGUGGGUGAGGGGUUAUGUACAGGAGGGAGAGUGAGGGGUUAUGUACAGGAGUGGGGUGAGGGAUUAUGUACAGGAGGGAG